ACAAAAAACCCAAGGAGCUAAUUAUGUUUUAGUUUCCGAAUAAAAACAUUGAGUAAAUCAUGGACAGCAAGAUAUUUCAUAGGUCCAUGGUUACCAAGAAUUGGACAGAGGACGAAAUUGAGGCAUUUGCACUAUUGCUUUAUAAAGCUGUGAUUCAGGCUCACCUGGCACGGGUCAAAUUUAAAUACACAGAUGAGGAACUCCAGAAACUUACAGAAUAUCUAGACUUGAAGAUUCCAAUAGACAGACUGCGCACUAACUUUCUCAUCUUUCAAUGUUCUGCCAUAGAUAUGGUGGCGAGCCGAGUUCGCGCCGGACACUCGUGGAGGAACUUCUGGGGCGCCCCGCAGUGGACGCUCGACCUCGAGCCCAGCUUCGGGAUCGUGGAGAAGGCACUGCAGGUGGAGUUGCUGAGCGCCGGGCCAGACCCGCUGGCGCGCCUGCUGGGUGAGCUGGCGACGGCGGGCGAGGUCGCAGCACGGCGCGGCGGCGCGAGCGAGGACGCGGCGGACGCGCUGCGCGACCUGCCCGUGGCGCGGGACCUGGCGCGCGUCACCGCAGUGCCCGAGCGCUGCCUCGCCGCCGCCUGGUGA